AUGCUGCCUUCCCUCUGGGAGUAUUACAAGUGUCCAAAUCCUGGAGAGUUUAUGUCAAAUCGCAAAGCUGUUAUUAAAACUACUGACGGUUGUUUGCAGCUUCAGUUUGGCCCCAACAGACUUUUCCAUUCAGCAGCUGUGUCAGAGGCAAGCCUUUAAGAUUGUUCUACACAUCAAACAGCACCAGAUCACAGCCAGGAGGAACCAUCAAAUUCAGAUAGCUACAAAUCCAAGAGUACAAACAAUUCUUGUUUUAUGUUGGCAUCCAAGAGAAACAGAUCUGUCAGUGUGCCAGUGGGUCAGCUGAGAGUAUCAGAGUUCUCUCUAAAAUUUAAGUCACCCCCUAAUUGUCAAGCACUGUCUCAGAGAAAUGAACUUCAAGCAAGAGCCAUUACAGUAAGGGCUUACAAAAAUGGAUCCGAAACGGUCUCUGCCAAAGUGACAGCGGCAACCAUCGUCUUGUUGCUGGAAGACUGCAAGCUGACUCUGAACACCGCCGCACGGAGAGUGUUCUUGGCACGCGGCGCAGAAGCCCUCAAACCGGAAGGUUUACCGCAUGAAGCCAGCGUCUCUGUUUCAACAGGAGAGAGCCCUUUUCAGAGUCAUUCCACAAAUUUAAAGUUGUUACUGGGACACGGAGCAGAGCAGGUGGCAGAUGUGUCUUGUCUUUUGAGACAAGAAAUUGUAGACCAUCUGUUGUUAAUGAAGAAAGCAACUUGGACAAUGCAUGGGUUGAUGCUUCCCGCUGAUGUCAAAAGACAGGAAACCAAGCACGUCCUUUCCAGAAGGAUGAAGAUGCUUCCUCAGCAGGUGUCAGUGAGAAUUCGCCUUAAGAAUGGCAUGAGGCAGGAUGGGCAUGCGAUUACAGUGGGAAAGGAAACAAGGAGAAAAGUUUUACAUACCUGCACAGUGAAAAGAAAUCUAGAUUCGCCAGCCAGAUGUAUUUACCACAUGAAUGGUAGAAAAAUUGAAGAUAUCUCGAAAGUUCCUCUGCUUGAAAAAUGCCUGCAAAAUUCCAUCACACCUUUGCGGGGACCACUUUAGGUCUCUAAGGGAGAAGGUUUCAGCCCCUCGGGCACUAAGAUGUACGUCCAAGGAGUUCUUGGGGCCUUAGAUCAACGACUAAAGUCUGCAAAAAAUUAUUACAAGCAGGUAAACUUGAUGAUGAACGAGAGAAAAGCAAAAGUAACAGAAAAGGCCACUCUUUCAGUGACAUCAGAAGACUACUGGAAGUCACAAGAAGAGGUGAGCAUGCUGAUUGAUGAAUUGUAGACAGCUAUCAAAAGCAGCAGAGGUCGCCUGGCCAAGCUUGGCCUCCAAUUACAGGCUGAGCAGGAGCAGUUCUCCUCUCCUGUCUGCCAACACAUUAAAAGCCUUCCAGCAAACACUGUGGCCCCAGGAGGCCCUAAAUUAAAGGUAUUUGAACAUGGUAAACACACUGGAGAGAUCACCGUGUACAGCAGUGGAAAAGAUGUCGAGUCCGACAGCCCAACUCCAGGUGACAAUGCAAUGCAAAGGGUAAGUAAUUCUUUGUGUGACGGCUGCAAAGGCUCCUCUCUCAGUUCACAAGGCCUCCUCCAUUCUUCUUCAGCCGGGAUUUCCGAUGAGCACGGUCAAGAGAUUAAGAGUCCACUGCGGUUGAGGAAUGGGCAAAGCAUUUGGCUUUCUUGUGGGAAAGCAUACAGAUCUCCCCUAAAGCCUGUGUUGGCUCUGACCUUUGAAGGAGCGACUGCUUUUGUCAGCGAUGCCAUCUCCCCCUAUGCUAUUAAAUUUGCUCGGAGCUGGCUGUUAAAAUUGUGCACACCGGUGGCGGUACGGUACUCGGAGCACACUCCCCAACCCCCGAAACAUCGGUACCUUACUGUUCUUCGUUGGGAAGUUUGAGAGGGAUUUCCAGUGCACUUUGACUGCAUCAGUCAACAGAUCCCAGGUUACUUUGAAGACGUGGCCUUGGAGAGCCAUUCCCUAUACAACAAGGUGGGUCCCUGUAUCGUUCCUUAUGCCUCUGUUUCAAACAGAAAGGACAGUUCCCCAAGAAGUGAAGUGAAUAGCAGCGAUCAGAGAGUGUCCUGGCCGGCAGGCAGCAUGUGGCUGACCACCAAGACUGGGAUGAUCCUGAGCAGAACGAUAACUCAGGGCUGCCUGGCUAUUGGUCAUUCAGUCGGAGUGAAGACCACCAAAGGAACAUCACUGGAAGGAUAUAAAUUACUGCUCCAAAAAAAAAAUGAAGGAGAUGAAUCCCAGAGGUGGAUCUUUGAAAUCGAUGGCUGUAUUUAUUCUAAGGCUAAGCCUCAGUUUUUCCUGACCUACCUGGAGGAUUUCACUGCUGAAGUGGAUGUGAACCAGGCAGAGGACAGCAUUCAUCACACAGCCUGGACCACCGUUCAUCAAGAACAGUGCAGAUACUGUGUAGAAGAGGCUUUGCAGAAGCAAGCCAACAGUCCUUUACUGAAACAGCUGCGGGAGCCCUCCGACAGUCAUGUCGUGCCAGACAGCUCUCUUGAGGAGACAGAGCAGCUGACUGGGCUGCUGCUGAAGAGACUGGAAGGGAAACACCCCAGGGCUCCUGCUCAAAGGUGGGCAGUAAGGCAUAAAGGGACCAGCAAGCCUGGCCAGUGGGAACACCCCAAAGUUGAAAAUUCUCUGUGGAACAAGCUUACAUUCCUGUGGCCAGUCUUGCCCUGUGGCCAGCUUAAUGAGGAGUUUGACUGGCCAAUAGAAGGCCUACUGGUGCCCAACAGCCCUCUCAUGAAGAGGCCGGUUUGUAAGACACUAGAGCAGCGUGUCCCUGUGAGACUCCGUGUUCUGAGGAACGGAGACAAGAAAAACAGCAGAACCCUCGCGAUUGUCCCGGAAGGCUCAUCUGGAUGGAAAACACAGUGCACUGACAUUUUAAAUUUACCUUCUGCUGCUUGGAGGAGGCUUUUCAAUGAAAAAGGGAAGGAACUUUUUUCCCUGACGGACCUACAGAGGGGGUCGGCAUCCACUGGCAAGCAUGGAAGAGGCCCAGGGAGUCUGACAACACAUACAGUUACGGCUUUGCCUCCUUCCGCACACUCUGGCGAACUGGCGUCUCUGUCAGUGCAUGUUUCGUGUGGAGAACACUGGAUCAAUCCUGACCUCUCCAUUGCUCAACAAAGGAAGCAAAUCUUCCUCAGAAGCCUCAAGGCUGACAUUUGCAAGAUUAAAACCUUUUGCAGCAUGCGCAAGGUGGAAGCUCUUGUUUUAGAAGUCCAAAAUGACCUUUUCCCUGGAGGCAUGCUUCCCAUGAAUAAACCUGUAGGCAGUUUUGAAGAAGAGAAGCAAGUGAAAGGACCAGAGGGAAGGCAGAUGGAAAAUGCUGCUUUAAUAACAAGAGAUGCUUGCAGAGACACUGUAGAUUCAUAUGCGAGAGCCCAUCUCCUCAUGGAAGCCUGUCGCAGGAUGCCCAAGUAUGCUUAGCAGGACCCUUCAUACAACCUUGCCAAUGGUUACAGCCUUCCAAAGAAAAUGCACAAAGAGCUCUUUAAAAAUGAAACACAGAGUUUCCAUCACCUUAGCCAUUUCCCAAAGCACAGCAGAUUGCAGAAGCCACGUCACCAGGAGUUUGAAUGCAGAGAUGAGCAAAUCAUUUGCCUUUCUGCUCCUCAACUGGUCCUAGGGGUACAAGGCUCCAGAUCCCAGUCAAGCACAGAGGUCAUUUUGGUGGAAAAAAAAUCUGAUGACAGUCACCAACGCUGGAUACACAAGAAAGAUGGCAGGACCUUUUACCUAGUGAGUAAUCCAGACCUUGCGCUGGCAGUGCUUAUGACCAAGGCUCAAAAUGAAGCCCGUGGCUAUCCAGUUAUUAUUCAGAAAUAUAAGCCAUACAGCAAUGGGACUGCCAAUCAAAAGUGGCAUUACAUGGAAAAUAAAAGAACAUUUAUAGCCUUUCACAGUACAGCCCUGGAUAAGGAAAUCACAGCAGUGAAUUCCUCUGGCCUUUGCACGUCAUCUGUCACUAAAGAAAACAUUGAUCAGCCUGGAUACUGUUACCUCUCACCUGAUGGAAAGGGAAAAAUCAUGCUCUGCCUGGCGCACGGACAGUCCAUGGGGGCAGAGAAGGGGCUGAGACAUCUGCCUCCAAGGGCUCCAUUCUUCUGUGUUUCAGGCUCUGAACAGAAGUCCUUGCGACGAGGGUCUUUCAAGGUCAUCAGUGUUGCCAAGGCUGAUUUAUCUUUUUAUGAAGGUGAAAACACUCUAAGAUAUGAAAAGUAUCUGUCAUCUUUAUGGACAAAGACAAGUGAAAGUGAAUGCACUGCAACUCACAGUGGUGUGGUAGCUUUGUACCAGAAGGCAGUGAAAAUAAUUGCAUACAAAAAUGGGAAUGGAUAUUCAAAUGGGAAGUUAAUUGUGCCUGGGACAUUUCCGUAUCUUCUUGCAGAGUGCACGGAACGACCUAAACUCACCAGAGCAGCUUCCAAAAUCUAUACCAGAGAUGGAACCACCAUCCUCACUUUGCGUGGUUUGCUUCUGUGGGCUAUCGGUGAAAACCUUCUCCAGGGAGACCCUGAGGAGCAACAGACAAGUACAGAGUCUGUUGGGACAGAAGAGAUAGCUGUUCAAAAUACAGAAGAAAGCUCAAGAGUGAAAACGGAAAGCAGAUUGGAUUGUUUGGGGGGCCUAGAUAAGUAUCUGCUCGCUCAGGUCCUCAGAAGUCCUAUCGUCAUUUGGGUGUUUGGUGAUGAACCAUUUCUGCCUCUAACGGUGCAGACCCCACAGGAAUCAGGAAAAGUAAAAAUAAAACAAGACUGGCUAAAGAGGAACAAAAUUUUGGCUGAUUUAGACACCAUAAAACACAAGCUGCGACAGCUGAAAGGGCGGCGAGAAGCAGCCUGUCAGCCAGCCCCCAUGGUUCCCACCCAAAGCCCUCUGCAGCCAGCGGCAGUUGAAGGAGGCUGGACUGAGAAGGCUGAAGAGGAAACGAAGCUCAUGGAACUGAUAAGACAGACAGAGGUACAUCUUUCUGAAGGCCAAGAAUGGCAGCCCAGGCGCUCUCUGAUCGCAGCUCAGGGAAAAGCAGAGCAGCAUCGGCUGUACCAGGCUCCCAGAGUGAAGUGUGUGUGGGCCUACAGAGCGGAGACAGAUUGGACAGCGGCGCUUCCCCGGGCCACCGCUAUUUCAGAACUUCUGAGUCCUCUUCUUGUUCAAGGAGCGGUGCCACGGCAGCUGUGUUCAGGAAGUCGCCUCUCAUCUGUCAUCUUACUAGGCCCUCUCCUCAAGAUGGCAUCUGGUUGUCUCCGGCUUUGGCUGUUAGGUCUUAUUGCCUACUGGAGUUCUUGGGAAUGUGGGAAGAGCUCUAGCAGGAAGCUGGAUGUUCCUGCAGGAGCCAUUCUCAGAUUGGUGGGACUAAUCUCAGACUGGUGGGUAGGUCUCGUGGACUCGCCCGAGUUGCUGGAUGACUGCACUGCUCGUCUGAAAAUGUCCCAACCAGCCAAAACCUUUUAUACCUCAAAUGGGGAGCUCAUUCAGUCAUGGGAUGACAUAGAGAGGGAUAACUGUGUGUCUGCAGGACAUGGCUUUAUAACCUCAAAAGAAAAAAAGCAAGUGAUGGAAGUCAAAGCAAAUUAUGCUGUCCGAAGGCAGCAUGGCCCUGAAGCAACAGACAUUGUGGUGUCACCAUCUAUGAAGCUGCUGUCUCUCCUGCAGCUACACAACUGA